UUUUCGAUUUUUUUUUACCCAUGUAAACACUAAAUAUACUUACAAAAUUAAUAAAAGAACUUUAAUAAAAAUAAAAAUAAAAAAGGAAAAGGAAAAGGACAAAGAAGAAGUUUUCAUUUAAAACCACAUGACUCCCUCUCAAUUCCUCUCAUCAACACACACACACACGGCCAUUCUUAGUUUCUUGUCCAAACUCAUUAAAUCUCCAAAGUCAUGUCUUCCAACUUAAAUCAAGAACCUUUGCUACCCAACAACACACCAUUUGUUCACCAACAAAAGCAACAUGAAAACAAUCAUCCAAUAAUCCCACAAAAAACCCACCUUAAACUAGCCAUAAAUGAAGCAAGAUCAAUCAUAAAACUAGCACUUCCUUUAAUCUUAACCGGUCUUCUUCUUUACUCUCGUUCAAUGAUCUCCAUGCUCUUCCUCGGCCGAAUCGGAGAUCUAGCCUUAGCCGGUGGAUCACUAGCCAUAGGCUUUGCCAACAUAACCGGCUACUCGAUCCUCUCCGGCCUUGCAAUGGGGAUGGAACCCAUUUGUGGCCAAGCUUUUGGUGCUAAAAGAUACAAACUCCUAGGCUUAAUCAUGCAAAAAACAAUCCUCCUACUACUUUUAACAUCAAUACCAAUUUCACUCCUUUGGCUCAACAUGAAGAAAAUCUUGCUCUUUUGCCACCAAGAUGAAAACAUUGCUAAUGAAGCACACUCCUAUAUUAUUUUCUCCCUCCCUGACCUUAUCACUCAAUCACUCCUCCAUCCCAUAAGAAUUUACCUUCGAUCUCAAUCCAUAACACUUCCACUAACACUCUGCGCCGCGAUAGCGAUCCUUUUACACAUCCCUAUCAACUACUUCCUUGUCAUACACCUUAAUCUAGGUGUAAGAGGUGUUGCCUUAAGCGGGGUCUUAACAAAUUUUAACCUAGUAGCAUCACUUAUCGUCUACAUUAUUCACUCAGGCAUUUACACAAACACUUGGUGUGCAAUCACAAGGGAAUGCUUCCGAGGGUGGAAGACCCUCGUCAACUUAGCAAUCCCAAGCUGCAUUUCAGUUUGCCUGGAAUGGUGGUGGUAUGAGAUCAUGAUUUUAUUAUGUGGGUUGUUGACAAACCCUCAAGCUACAGUUGCAUCAAUGGGGAUUUUGAUACAAACCACAGCUUUAAUCUAUAUCUUCCCAUCAUCCCUGAGUUUAAGUGUAUCAACAAGGGUGGGAAAUGAAUUGGGUGCAAACCAACCAAACAGGGCAAAACUUUCAACAAUUGUAGGUCUGUUUUUUAGCUUCAUUCUUGGAUUUUGUGCUCUUUUUUUCACAAUGUUGGUAAGGAAGAAAUGGGCAAGUUUUUUUACCAAAGAUGUGGAGAUAAUAGCACUAACUUCAACAGUUUUACCCAUAAUUGGGCUUUGUGAGAUUGGGAAUUGUCCUCAAACUACAGGAUGUGGGGCCUUAAGGGGGCUUGCCAAGCCCAAAUUAGGGGCAAUUGUUAAUCUUGGAAGCUUUUAUUUGGUGGGUUUGCCCAUGGCUUUAUGGUUCGGGUUUAAGUUGAGCUUUGGGUUCAAAGGUUUGUGGCUCGGGUUAUUGACCGCUCAAGGCUCGUGCGUGAUUGCUAUGUUUUUCGUGUUGGUUCAGACAAAUUGGAAGGUUCAAGCCCAACAGGCUCAAGAGCUAACCCUCGAUAAUUAUUGUAUUAAUGGAGAGAACGAGAAAGAUAACAACAAUUUUAUAAAGUACUACCUCCGUUUUAAAAAGAUCUUUACAGUUACUAUUUGCACGGACUCCGGUGCAAUGUUUGACUGUUAAUAUAUCGAAUUUCGUAUGAAAAAAUUUAUAAAAAAUUGAUAUUUAUAAAAUACAUUUAGAGAUGAAUUUAAUAAGAUAUCUCAUGAUAAUUUUUUAUAGAUGUAAUAGUGAGAAUUUAUGGUCAAAGUUUUGAUAUUUAGACACAUUUUUCAAAGCGUAAAGAUCUUUUUGAAAUAGAGGUAGUAAUUCAUAGACGCAUACAAAACAAAACGAAGGUAAGUUAGAUAGUGUCAUAUUGCUUAAACUAAGCAAUGAUAAUAGAACAGAAAAGUUUGAAACUAAUACUUCGUGUAUUUUUGGUUAACGUACCAAACGUAAUAUUCGAUUACAUUUAAGUUAUAAUGAUAUAAAAAAUUUCUACUCCUCUAUCGUACGGGUAUUUGACCAUUUGGAGAGGGGACAAACUAGUAAUGAAACUUUGAUAUUUUUGUAUAUCACACUGAAGAAAAGUACUCGCCUGUA